CGCGCGGCCAUGGAGAAGACCGGUACCGAGCACCCGGCCUCCCACUCGGCGGCCGCGUCGUCCUCGUCGGGGAGCAGGGCGGGCCGGUUGUCCCCGCCAAAGCGGCCCACGGGCCGCACCAAGUUCCAGGAGACGCGGCACCCGGUGUUCCGCGGGGUGCGGCGCCGCGGCCGGGCGGGGCGGUGGGUGUGCGAGGUGCGCGUGCCGGGCAGCCGCGGCGACCGGCUCUGGGUCGGCACCUUCGACACCGCCGAGGCGGCCGCGCGCGCGCACGACGCAGCCAUGCUCGCACUCUGCCGGGACUCAGCCAGCCUCAACUUCGCCGACUCCGCGUGGCUGCUCGACGUCCCGCGCGCGGCGGCCUCGGCCGUCCUGCUGCCCGACGUCCAGCGCGCGGCCACCGAGGCCGUCGCGGCCUUCAUGCAGCGCCACAGGGGCAACAGGUCGGCCACUUCGGCUCCGCAGUUCGUGGACAAUGGCACUUCGCCGGUGGCGGCCGUGAAUGUUGAAACGCCGCCGAACAAUGACACGCUGGAGUUGAAUAUGUUUGGCGGUAUGGAGGCCGGUUCCUACUACGCGAGCUUGGCGGAGGGGCUGCUAAUGGAACCACCGCCAACCGCCCUGGAGUUCCCGGAUGAUGAAGAAUGUGACGCUGGCGAAAUGGAGCUGUGGAACUAGCUACCAUGAAUCAUAGAUGCGAAUAGGAGUAGAACAGAGGAUCGCUGUUGUGCCCGCAA